AUGGGAUUCAAAUUCGCGUUAUUUUGUGACCUGCUGUCGAGUCUUGAAGCCAACCGAACGUGUAAGGCGGCCUCGACAGUCAAGAAGGAUGAGCCGGACUUUCAAACCAUUGCAAAAUGGUUUGCCCGGCAUUAUCGUCAUAUAAGUCACCCGGAAACAGACAGGCUGGCUCUGCUAUCGUGCAUGUUUCCCGAGAGACGAUCAGACCGAGUAUAUUGGCUUCAGGCUACCUCACUCAGCCGCGUUAUUGGCCGCUGCUUGGGUCUAGGCUCUUCGCGCAUAUCAGAGCUAAAUCAGUGGCAAAGUCCUGGUGGCCCAGACUUAGGACAAUGCGUGGAGAAUGUUAUGCGUCAAGCCGAGAACUAUGUUCCCUGUGACCGUCAGGUCUCGGCCGAGGAGAUCGACGAAGCUCUGAACUUGAUUGCCUCGAGAUGCCGCUUCUCAGGUCCUCAGGUCAGACGUCAGCAUACUGCAGUGGAUGUCGAUACAAUUCUUUCAUCCUUAUAUCGUCGAUUGUGCAGCCGCGAUGCAAAGUGGCUUACUCGCAUGAUCCUGAAGAGUUACGCCCCGGUGACACUUCCUGAGAAGUAUAUACUAGAGAAAUUUCACUUUCUUCUCCCUCAUCUCCUACAGUUUCAAAAUACAUUUGAAGGGGCCUUCCACAUGCUUGACUCCGAGCCAAUGAAACACUUCCCGCCUCGUCCAGAUCGAAAAUUGGCGGCUAGCCUCUGUGCCAUUGCACUAGACCAUAUACGCCCACGGACAGGAAUCAAAGUUGGGCGACCCGAGUACUAUAAGGCACGAAGCAUCAACCAUUGUCUCCAGUUGACAGGCCACCGCCGCAUGAGUGUUGAAAGAAAAUACGACGGUGAAUACUGCCAAAUUCAUAUCAAUUUCGAGAACAAGCAAACUUCAAUACAGAUCUUCUCUAAGAGCGGCAAAGACUCCACCGCAGAUCGAUCAGGGCUGAUGCCAAUUUUGGAGGAAUCUCUUCAGAUGGGCAGCCCACAAUGCAAAUUCACCCGUCGCUGCAUUCUCGAAGGUGAAUUACUUGUCUGGAGCGAUAAACGUGGUGACAUUGCGGGCUUCCAUAAGCUUCGGAAAUUUCUACCGCGGUCUGGAACAUGUAUCGGAACUGAAAACGAUUCACCACCCCAGCCAUUUGAGCAUCUGAUGAUUGUCUUUUUCGACAUACUCCUCCUAGAUGAUAAUGUCUGUUUGAGGAAGCCACAUCGCGAACGGCGUUUACUAUUGAAAAAUAUAGUACGGACAAUCCCUGGUCGAUCUGCGAUUGCUGAACAGGAAAUAUUGAGCUUUGACCAGCCGGAUAGCCAGCAUUGGUUAGAGGCCAGCUUUUCUAAGGCAAUCACUCAGCGCUGGGAAGGUCUUGUUUUGAAGGCCUGUGACGAGCCUUAUUUUGCUAUACAUUCUGCCGGAGUGGAUAUUUCCUUUGGCCGAUGGAUCAAACUGAAGAAAGACUACAUUCCAGGCCUUGGGGAUACAGUUGACCUUGUGUUGAUUGGUGGAUACUAUGAUGCCAGAGACGCUGCAUCUCUUCGAAUUCCUAAAACAGUGAAAUGGACACACUUUUUGGUGGCCUGUCUUCUGAACAAAGAGGAUGUUCUGGAGUCCAGAGAUUCUCCUCGGUUCCGAAUCAUAGAUGUGGUUGGACGCCACUGUAUGCACCACAGUUUGAUGCAAUCGCUCAAUCAGAUCGGAGAAUUUGUUGCCCAAAAUUCUGAAGAUAUCCAUGAUUUUGAGGUUGAAUAUGGACAUGCCAGUCUUUCUAAAGCUACCAAACUUUUCAAGAAACCAUUUGUGGUCGAGGUAAUGGGCGGUGGCUUCGAAAAGCCUUCUGGGGCGAGGUACUUUACCCUUCGGUUUCCUCGCAUUUUAAAGUUACACACGGACAGAAGCUUUGAAGAUGCGGCAUCCUUCCAGGAACUACAAGUUCUAGCAGAAGAAGCUAGAUCUGCAUCUAUCACAGACCCAUCGGAGGAGAGAGAACUUUGGCGCAAACGCCUCAAGGUUGGCAGCGGGCUCAACCAGUAUAUUGUACAAAGAUCAGAAACCCCAUCUUCCCAAAAUUCGAGUGCAGAGCCAGAUUCCCAUUCAGGACCUGAAAGCUCAAACGGAACAGCGAGUGAUGAAAACUAUUCUGGGUCAUUUCCAAGUUCUCCCCCACAUCAGCCCUCAUCCCAGAAAGCUGUGAACAAAGAACGAUUGAAUAAGUUUGACAGUGCUCCUGCUUUAUACGUAGACGAGACACUGCUACCAAUCGACUUGGAACGUUCUACCCCGAAAGCCAAUGUUCUAUCCGAGAAUGAGAAUUUGUCCCAGCGACAAACCUGUGGCCAAAAGAACAAAGCCUCGCAAGAUCUCGAGAAUCCGACCAAAAUAGCAAGGGAUGAAUCUGGUGAUAUGAAAAAGGCGAAGGCGACGCGCUCAAAUGGCCAAAAAGCAAUCAGCUUGAUUUCCAUGCAUCGACAAGAAAUCUCAAGCCGUGAACAUGCUACAUCGGAGGUAAAACCUCCCAAGUCUCCUUUAACAACAAUCCCAAUAUACAUGCCAGGGACCCCCUCCGAAUUCAAGUCCUCAACAAGACCUAACGACUCCCUUCUCCAUGAGUUCUUGGACAUUCUAGGAUCCGAUAAUACAAUAUUUUCUUUAUCUGAAUCCAACCCCUCCGCCGCGUCGAAGGGUAUGGCAUUCGGCAUUGUUCUUAUCAACACAGCCGGAGAAUCAUUGGGUAAAGAGAUUCACAGAACGGCAAUAUCUGUUUCUCGGGCUAUCCAGAAAAGAUCAUGUCCCCCCAAAGGGGCAAUAUUCUUCUUGGACUCUCUUAUUUUGGAGCGGAACCUUUGCCCUGAGGAUACGAAUUUCUGUUUGCGCACUACUUGGACUGAUGUUGGCAAGCAAUACUACUUCGCAUGUGUUCGAUGGGAUAUAUCUGAUCACACCCAGUUGCCAGAUUUGAGUUCUGGUGUUGAACAAGACCCCAGGGCCCCCCCAGCUCUUUUGGUCAGCUUUGAUCAGGGGGACAUUCUAGCGCUGGGGGAGUAUGUAUGCAUCGACCCGCCAUUGCUUUUCAAUGGUUAG